UGUAGGAGGGGGGCGCGGUGACGUCAGAGCAUCUGUGACGUCACGCCACCUUCCGGUGCCCGAGCCGGAGGUCAGGGACAAGAUGGCUGCGCUCAGGCUGCUCUGUCCGCGCUCUGCGCUGCAGAUUUCGCGGAUAUGCGUGCUGCGACACAUUGGAGGAAGUGACCGAUUGAAUGGGACUGGGACUGCUGCGCUGCACACUACUCCACGUGCACAUGGAGCACUAGGGUCAGCGUCUGCUCACUGGUCAGCGGAGCGGGUGGUGAGCAUUGCAGCCUUCACCCUCAUCCCAGCUGCUGUGGCUUUCCCCGGUGGUGUCACGGACUACGCCAUCGCUGCCACGCUCACCCUGCACUCGCACUGGGGCCUCGGCCAGAUCAUCACGGACUACGUGCACGGGAAGGCGACACUGGGCGCGGCGCGUGUCGGCCUCGCCUCGAUUUCUGCAGUCACGUUUGCUGGCCUCUGCUACUUCAACUACCACGAUGUGGGAAUCUGCAAGGCUGUGGCAAUGCUCUGGAGCCUUUAAUCACACGCAUACACCAGCUCUUAAGAGUCUCUCCUUCUCUAAACAAGGGAAUUAUUUAAUGACAUUGGAUGAUGAAAACUUAAUGUCUAGAAGAAAUAAUAGUAACUCUUGAUUGUGUGGGAUGGAUAAAGGGAGGUGGGCAGCCCAGAAAUUAAAACACAGAUAAUACUAAACAUGUAGAUUAGGGUAUAAAAACAAUGUUUACCUACGUCGAAUGUAUCUUCGGCUUUACUUCUUAAUGUUGCUGCUGGUCAUGUGGGUACAGAGUCACCAACCUCUUGAUGAGUGCGGAGCAGCCAACAAACAAGUGCAUGUGUAGGUAUUCAAUUUUCACAAGCAGGGUUAAUCCAAAACCCAGAUAAUUAGCCCACGAAUAAUCAAGAGUUAACUAAUUAUAAAACUUGCCUUACGAAUAUUUUCUUGGAUUGAUGUCAAAAACAUAUGGUCUGUCCAUCGUGUCAAUUGUAGUCAACUUUUCAAAAUUUUAAGGAUUGCUGGAAUGUACGGUUAUCUUAAACGUUUGAACAAUAAACCUAUUAUAGUAUGAAGAGUGCGUACAUUAUACUCACAGUACAAUUAACAUAUUGUCAUCACCUGUACGAUUAGGUUGACUUGGCAGUUAAUGGACUACACAAUUAUACCUCAGCCUGGGUUAUUGAUUGGUGGAAACCAAUUGCAUGAAAUGUGGCCAUACCGUCCUCAAUAUUGGUGAAAUCUUCCUCCAACGCUUCAUUUGUUCCACAGCAUGGCAUGCAUUUUGCAUCAUGCAUUGUUCUAGGAUUUGAGUACAAUGCUGUAAUAUAAGAGCUGCUGUAUUAUAAGUGUAAGCCUCCUCUCCUGGCCAAUGAAGGUAAUGCAUUCGGAUAAAAUAACGUAUGCAAAUCUUUGA